AUGUCAUAAAAAAAGACGAAGUUCAAAAAGCGAAAUAUUUUGUCAUUAAUUUUGGAGUUAUAUCAAAUGACACAGAUUCAAAAUGUAUUUAUUUUCGAAGCAUAGCUUAAAAAUUGUUUUUCGAGCAUACAACAAGAAUAUGUUUCGUUCUUGUGAGAAGAAAGUGUCUCAGAUCUGGAGACAUUUACAUCAAAGCAUGGCUGUCUUUUCUGGUGAAUAUGAAUGGAAAGAUCCCCAAACGCCAGAUGAAAUUGUGAAUGUGAAAUAUGUAGAUCAAAAUGGUGAAUCUAAAUUAGUUCAAGGAAAAGUUGGAGAUAAUGUAAUGUACUUAGCACAUCGUCAUAAUAUUGAAAUUGAAGGUGCAUGUGAAGCAUCGUUAGCAUGUUCAACUUGUCAUGUUUAUGUAAAACAAGAAUACUUUGAUAUAUUGCCUGAGACAGAAGAAGCAGAAGAAGAUAUGUUGGAUAUGGCUCCCUUUUUACAAGAAAACUCCAGACUGAGUUGUCAGUUAUUGUUGACAAAAGAUCUCGAUGGUAUAGAGGUUGUUUUACCCAAAGCAACUCGAAAUUUUUAUGUCGAUGGUCAUGUUCCUCAGCCACACUGAUUGACCCUCGUGAUCCUCAGCCACACUGAUUGACAGUCGUGAUCCUCAGCCACACUGAUUGACAGUCGUGAUCCUCAGCCACACUGAUUGACGCUCGUGAUCCUCAGCCACACUGAUUGACAGUCGUGAUCCUCAGCCACACUGAUUGACAGUCGUGAUCCUCAGCCACACUGAUUGACGCUCGUGAUCCUCAGCCACACUGAUUGACGCUCGUGAUCCUCAGCCACACUGAUUGACAGUCGUGAUCCUCAGCCACACUGAUUGACAGUCGUGAUCCUCAGCCACACUGAUUGACAGUCGUGAUCCUCAG